CCAACCACCAGACUAUAGUCGUCCAUGUGAGUACCUGAACCACACGAUGCCUAUAUGCUGCUCUCGGAAGUGGAUGAACGUCUGGGCUGCUCGGUACAGGGCUGGCUGGAGCUGUGACAGAUGCCAUGCGCACGUAACGAAUUUCUCAACUUCACCCGUGAUAACAGUGGACGUUGUCCGAUACUUGGGCCGAGAGAGAUGGUUUGCCAAAUCCACAGCCGGCCAUGUUGAACGACAGUGGUAUAACCAGUGUCGAAGUUUGGGCGACUACAUUCCUGCCUGACUGUUGCUAGUUAUAAUUAUCUAAUGGAUAGGUACUGCUCCGUGUGUCCUGUAAUUGUCAAUGACGUACUCUGUAGUUGGGUCCUUCCUGCCCUCAGUGAGUGCCCUAACCAGCACCUUCCCGUCAUUC